CACACUGCAGUUGGCCAGUGAGGACAGACUAUUAUUUUUUCUCUUUAAUAGGGAAUUUAGGGGUUUAGAGAAAACUACAGAAACCCUAAAGCCGGAUAUUUUAUUUUGACUUAUCGACUGCUUUUUCAAUCCUGAGAAAGUGAAUUAUGUCCCGAGUUACCAAUCUGUCAAAACUGCGACAAGAGAGGAUGAGGGAGAUCAACCUGCGGAAUAAAGAGCGAGAGCGCAUGAGGGAGCGAGAGAAAGCUGCAAGGGAGAGUGUGGUACUCAAGCCCAAUGGUCACCUCUUUACAUCUCUAACAGUGUCAGGAACCACGCUCUGUUCAGCAUGCAACAAGAGUAUCACUGCAAAGGAGGCACUCAGCUGCCCCACAUGCAGUGCCACCAUCCACAACCGAUGUCGAGAUACUUUGCCAAACUGUGCCAAAAUGAAACAGAGGCAACAGAAGACGACCCUGAUGAAGAAUAAUGUCACAUUGCGUGCAAAGACUCCAGGAAUGCGGGAACGUCCAACUUCAGCCAUUUAUCCAUCGGAAAGCUUCCGACAGUCUCUGCUCAGAUCCCGGCGCGGUCGCUGUCACCUGUCCCUGUCCAAGAGUGUCUCCACCAACAACAUUGUAGGGUCCCUGAAUGACGACGCUCCCCUGGGGCUGCGCAGGAUUCUCUCCCAGUCUACAGACUCCCUCAGCUUCAGAAACAGAACCAUGUCAAUGGAGUCACUCAAUGAUGAUGGAGACAUGUACUAUACGUCUGUACUGGAGGAGCUCGAGCUUGAGGGCCAGGAGUUUAAGGCUGACUCGUGGAGUAUGGCUGUGGACAGCAGUUACCUGCAGACACACCGCAAAAAUGUCAUCAAGAGGCAGGAUGUCAUCUAUGAGCUGAUUCAAACAGAGCUGCACCACAUGCGGACCCUGCAGAUCAUGGAAAGGGUGUUUCGACAGGGAAUGCUGGAGGAGCUUCAGCUGGAGCCCAGCACCGUGCACACUAUGUUUCCGUGCCUGGACCAGCUGAUCAAAAUACAUUCCCAUUUUCUGGCUCAACUUCUCCUGCGGCGCAGGGACAGCAUGCAGCCUGGAUCUAACCGCAAUUACACCAUUCAUCAGCUGGGAGAUAUACUAGUAGAGCAGUUCUCCGGCCAGUGUGCAGAUGACAUGCAGAAGGCCUAUGCUGAGUUCUGCAGCCGCCACUUGAAGGCUGUCAAGUUAUACAAGGAGCUGCUGGCUCGAGACAAGAAGUUCCAGUUCUUCAUACGGCAGGUGAGUCGAGGAUCCUUGCUACGUUGCCAUGGUGUUCAGGAGUGCAUCUUAUUGGUGACUCAACGGAUGUUCAAGUAUCCUGUACUUAUUCAGCGCAUCCUGGACAACACAACCGAUGAUGAAGAAGAAGCCUCCUCUCUGGCCCAGGCUCUCUUGAUGGUCAGAGAACUUCUUAGUUCAAUAGACCAACAGAUGGAAGAUCUGGAGAAAAUACAGCGGCUUCAAGAAAUCCAUGCCAAGCUUGACCCACGGGCUGAGGCCAUAGUAAGAGAUGGGGGAAUAUUUAAGGCUGGAGAGUUGCUCCGAAGGAGACUUGUCCAUGAAGGGACUCUUUUAUGGAAAACUCCAGGAUCACGGCUUAAAGACAUGCAGGUCUUGCUGAUGUCUGACAUCCUAGUGUUUCUGCAGGAGAAAGACCAGAGGUACAUCUUUUCAUCUAUGGACAAGCCUCCAGUACUGUCCCUUCAGAACCUAAUAGUGAGGGAUAUAGCCAAUCAUGAACGAGGCAUGUUUCUCAUUAGUGACUCCUCCCCUCCUGAGAUGUAUGAGUUUUACGCUGCCUCCAAGGAAGACAAGAACUUCUGGAUACGCCACAUCCAGCACACUGUCAGCAAGUGUCCAUCAAGAGAGGAGUUCCCCAUUAUAGAGUCUGAACACAAGGCUCAUCUGAGGCGACUCAAAGCUGACCUCCACCACAAGGACCAGGAAAUGCUGGAGCUCCUGCAGGAAAGAGUGACUUUAUUCUGUGAACUGGCAGAGGUGACAAGCGGUCAGGAGGGCCUGCAGCCUCCCGUCACUCGUUACUUGUUCAGGGCAGACACACCUCAAGCUCCUCGUGCAGAAAAACUUCUACUGGAUGCCACGUCUGAGGUGGACAGAUUGAGUGAACUCCUCCUGGGCUUCAGCAUGGAAACUCCUAUUUUGUGCCAUCACAGCCACAUGGAGGCGGUAGAAUCCAGUGACCAAGAACUGUUGGUCAAUGGAGCCCAUCAUUUCAUAGCAGCAAAGGACUGCAUGAAGAGGCAAGACAAGCCACCGUUGAUGGAGAUCUGUCAGAGGCUGGUAAAUCUCAGUGUUUAUCUCCACGCACUCCAGGGUGCUGUUAUUAAGCAAGACUCAAUCUUGGAGCUGUUGCUGCAGGCACAGGGCACUGUGUCUCCAAGUGAAGUAUGGCGCCCUCUGUGGCGAGAUGGAGGACAUCGAGAAGCUACUGUAUUGUCAACCAUAGGAGAGCUGGCGCUUUUGCAGAGACAACAUAGCCUUCUGCAGGAAGAGCUGCUGAGACUGAGGGAUGCAGAGAAUCGGUUCAAAGACAGCGAGAGGGCCCGGGCUGAGCUGGAGAGGCAGGUCCGACAAAUGAAAGUGACUAGUGGGGUUGCACAUGCGUCGCAGCAGUAUGGGGAGCAGGCCUCUCAGCUGUCAAUGCAGCCAGAAAAAGAGGUCUCUACUGGAGUCGAUAACAUGCGAGCCAAUCAAGAAUCUGUCCACCAGUCAAACCUCCAGCAAGCCAUUGACCUAGAUGUAUACGUGACAUCAGAUGAUGAUGAAGAUGAUGGGACCGCCUCUGAAAGCUCCAAAGAUCUCCACGAUAUUCCAGAAGAGAUCUGAUCCCUGGCAUGUUUCACUCUAAUAAUGACCGUAUGAACAUACACUGCUCAAAAAGAUUGAAAGAACAUUUUGAAAACACAUCAGAUCUCUAUGAGAAAAAAAAUCAUGCUGGAUAGCUAUACUGAUACGGACUGGGAAUGAAAAAUAUUAGGAAUGAAAAGCUGCCACAUCAUUUGAUGGAAAUGAAAAUUAUCAGCCUACAGAGAGCUGAAUUUAAAGACACCCUGAAAAUCAAAGUGAAAAAGUGAUGCAGCAGGUUUGUCCAUUUUUCUGCAAUUUCAUUGCAGCAACUCAGAAUGGUAUUCAGUAGUUUGUAUGGCCCACACAUGCUUGUAUGCAUGCCUGACAAUGUCAGGGCAUGCUCCUAAUGAGACGCUGGAUGGUGUCCUGGGGGAUCUCCUCCUAGAUCUGGACCAUAGCAUCACUGAGCUCCUGCCAGCACACUCUUGCCACAUGAGACUGGGCAUUGUGGUGUACCAGGAGGAACCCAGGACUCGCUGCACCAACGUAGGGUCUGAAAAUAGGUCCAAGGAUUUCAUCCUCAUACCUAAUGGCAGCCAGGGUGCCAUUGCCUAGCCUGCAGAGGUCUGUGCAUCUCAUCUUCAUGGUUAUGCCUCCCCAGAGCAUCACUGACCCAUCACCAAACUAGUCAUGCUGAACAAUGUUACAGGCAGCACAACGUUCUCCCUAGUUUGUCCAGACCCUUUCACAUCUGCCACAUGCUCAGGGUGAACCUGCACUGAUCUGUAAAAAGCACAGAGCACCAGUGGUCAAUCUGCUAAUUCUGGUAUUUUCUGGCAAAUGUCAAAUGGGCUCCAUGGUAUCAAGCAGCGAGCACAGGGUCCACUCAGACCAUCCUCAUGAAGUCUGUUUCUGAUUGUUUGGUCAGAGACAUUCACACCAGUGGCCUACUGGAGGUCAUUUUGUAGCUCUGGCAGGGCUCCUUCUGACCCUCCUGGCACACAGGAGCAGAUACUCAUCCUACUGAUGGGUUAGGGACCUCUAUAGCCCUGUGCAGAGUAACUGCCUGUCUCCUGGAACCUCCUCCAUGCUCUUGAGA